AUGACAGCUGCCAGAAUUGUUUUUUCGAAUAAGAAUUUUUUGAAUUCAGAAGUGACAGCUGUCAUUGAAAAGCAAAAUUUGGAAUUUAUGAAAAAAUUGUCCAUUGAUUAUCCAGAGACAGGACUGAAACCAACCAAGAACUCAUUCAUUGUGAAUGACAUGGAUUUAAUAUUCGAAUCAUUUGCCAGUGAUCCAUUCAAUGUUGGUAUUAUUUGUACACUUGCCAUUCUGUCAGUUGCCAUUGUCUCUGUUUUUGUAACAUCAAUUUUUGAGAUUCCAAUUCUGAAAAAUGGAAAGCUUUCUCUUUUCAUUAAUAUUUUAAUUUGCUCCAUCAUUACUUGUUUUUUAACUUUGAUAACUUUAAUUGAACUAGUUGCUGGAUUGAGAUUAUUAAGAAUUCCUAUUAAUGGAUUAUCAAUUAUGAAUUUCACACUUCAAAUUGGAUUAUUUUCAGAAUAUCUAUUCCAGAUUACAAAGGCAUUUAUUCUAACAAAGAGUGUAAAGAAGGCAUAUACACUCUUGACUAUUCCUUUAUUGAUUUGUUCCUUGUCAACUGUGGUCAGCAUUCUGCCUCUUGCAUUUCAUGAUAUCAAGAUUGUGAAAAAGUACUUUUUCGAUAUUAUUAUUUUAGGACAAGGUAUUUUAUUGUUUAACGUAUUGGUAAUAUUCCCUGCAAUAUUAUCAUUAAUUGAAAAGUUGAGAUCUAGGAAAAUUCCAGCUCUUUAA